CAUCAUAUAGAUCAUUCUGACGACCAUUCUGCAAUUGACGCUGCCUCAGCUCUUGCCCAUUCUACUCGGGGUCCAGGUUAUCAUAGGCUCGAUGGUGGAAAACUGGCUUUAAAUACUUCAUCCGCAGUCAUAUCGCAUGCCGAUGGAUUGCCUUAUGAAAUUGGUUUUGAUUCUAUAGAUCAAAUAGCCGCUUUUCCAGCGUUUUCUGGUCAUGAUCCUGGCCAUUCUAUACGCGUUUCUGGGAUUCCCAGUAUCAGAACUUCCAAUUUCGGAACAGUUUGUAGUGCGGGAACAAUCGGUUCUUUGAAUGGAGUGCAUGCAACUACACAUGACGCUUCAGAACUCUUUGUAAUGGAUCAUACCACAAAUCCCGUCGCUGACGGCGUUCUCGCUUGUCCCGUUUUACAUAACCUCUCUCAUGCUUCUGUGGUUUCAGCAGUUCCUGAGUCGUCCGGGCCUCUCUUUCGGCAUUCAAAUGAAUUUUAUAUGAUAAAUGAUAACGACAACAUUGAAAUUAACUGGCCAACCUCACCUGGUGGUGGGGCCACUAUUUCUCAUGGCACAGUGUAA